CCCCAACCCUAUCCAGAAAACCCACGGAAAAGAGAGAGAACCGAGGGGACGCCACGGUCUACAGAAGAGAAAAAUGGCCUCUUCCAUCUGCUUCAUGAGGUUAUCUUCUUCCGUCCCACUUCCGCUUCGCUGCUUCCAUGGCGUCCGUGUCUCCCCCUCUCCCAUGACGGUCUCUCUAAAGAAGAAGCUCAGCUCCUCCAAAACCCUAUCCGGGUCCCCUCUUGUUCUUCCGAAGAGUCUCUCUCCAAUCCCUUCCCCCUCUCAGAAGGCUUCUAAACUCGCCGUUUUCGCUGCCAAAGGAUACAAGAGGAAGACCCACAAGGCGUCGGCCAAGCGGUUUCGGGUGACGGGAAGGGGAGUUAUAGUGAGGCGGAGGUCGGGGAAGCAGCACUUGCUCGCGAAGAAGAACACCAAGAGGAAGCUCCGGCUCUCCAAAAUGCACCCAGUUAGCAGAAGUGAUUAUGACAAUGUGAUUGGUGCACUACCAUACCUCAAAGUGAAUCGGAAGGCAACGUGAUGUCCAAGUGAUCAUCAAAGGAAUUUGAUAGUUUCUUUAGUUCUUUUCUUUGAAACUUAAAUGUCCCUUGCUUAUUACCUGGAUAUAUUAUUUAUAGUCACUCAUUGUUUUUUAGACUGUUCAGUUUAUGUCUGCUAAAAUUCUCAAUCUGGAUGUUAAUAUGAUGGAUCUGUUUCCCAAGUAAUCCAGCGCACAAUAACC